GUGAAUGAAUUGCAAGAAAAACUGAAAGACAGUGUGGACUUUGAUUUGCCACAAAUCGUUGUCAUCGGUGGCCAGUCGUCGGGAAAGUCCAGCGUUUUAGAGAGUAUUGUUGGCCGCGAUUUCCUGCCCCGCGGGUCGGGUAUUGUCACCCGAAGACCACUUGUGCUGCAAUUGAUUUCAGACAAAGAUAUAACAAAUGAUUUCGGUGAGUUUUCUCAUUCACCCGGAAAUCAAUUUUGCGAUUUCAAUGAAAUCCGAAAUGAAAUCCGUGCCGAAACGGAUCGAGUGGUUCCCGAAGAUUGCGGAAUAUCUCCAAUUCCUAUCAAUUUGAAGAUCCAUUCGCCGGAUGUGUUGGAUCUAACUCUUGUAGAUCUGCCGGGAAUGACAAGAGUGGCCGUUGGGAACCAACCCAAAGAUAUUGAGUUUCAAAUCGAAGAAAUGAUUUUGAAAUACAUUAAAAAAGACAAUUGUCUGAUAUUAGCGGUCACCGCCGCGAAUCAAGAUUUGGCGACAUCUGAUGCCCUAAAACUGGCCAACAAAGUGGAUCCCGAGGGCGACCGCACUAUAGGUGUUCUCACGAAACUGGAUCUCAUGGAUAAGGGAACCGAUGCUAAGAAUAUUCUGAACGGUAAACACGGGAUCAAAUUGAAGAGAGGUUUCCACGGAGUGGUUAAUCGAUCACAAAAAGACAUCGAAGGAAACAAAGAUAUGAAGAAAGCGCUGGAAGACGAGCACCAGUACUUUGUGGAUCAUCCCUCGUACGGGCCAUCGAUGGCCAAACGUAUGGGUAUUGAAUAUGUGAAAACAUUCCUUCAGAAGCAAUUGUCGGAACACAUCGCCAACCGAUUGCCGCCAUUAAAGGCCAAAACAAAGGAGAAGUUGAGUAGAGUUAACGAAGCAUUAAAGACAAUUGAGUUCCCGGAGGACUCGAUGGCAAAGGAGAGGCUUUUGAUUCAGACGAUUGACUCGUUUUGCACUCAUUUCAAGAACUUAAUGGGAAGCAGUGUUUGGAAAGUGGAUGUGAAUGAUCUGAGUUGUGGUGCAGUAAUCAAUGUCUUAAUGAACGACACAUUUCCCAAACAAAUUGAUCUCUUGUUUUACGACGAGAAGCGUUUGGGCCGUAAGAUCGCGACCGCUAUUCAAAACUCUUUCGGCACUCGUUUGGGUGUUUUCAUACCCGACGCCGCAUUCACGUCGUGUGUCGACCCAUUAAUUGAACUGUUCCGAAAACCGUCCAUCGCUUGUAUCGAUUGGGUAACCGAUGAGAUGAUAAAAACAAUCAACAAAUGUUUAGACGAUAUCAAAGGUUUUCCUGAUUUAAAGAAAUGCUUCGCCGAAUUGACUCUUGAUUUUGUUCGCGAAUCUAAUGAUAAAUGCAGAGAAAUUGUCGAGCAAUUGAUUGAAAUGGAGAAAUGCUAUCCUAAUACACUUCAUGAAGACUUUAUAGAAAUGAUUGGCAAUGGAAUGACAACACCGAUAGCACCGGCACAAGUCUAUGGCGCGACUCCAACGGUUCACCAAAACACCCAGAAUUUGAAAUGCGAUUGGAUUUCAUACCAGAAGAAUGACUUGUGGUUUGUUCUCAGAGAUAACACUCUUUACUGGUUUAGAGAUGAGAAACAAAAUGGUAAAAAAGGUUCACUGGAUUUAAAGGGCUGUCAAGUGGUGCUCAACGGUUGGAACCUGGCUAUCAUUUUGCCAGACAAUUAUCGCACAAGCAAUGAAUUUGUGAUAGCGUUUAAUUCACAGGAUGCCACCAAUAGGUGGUAUAAUUGGUUAACAGGUGCAGGUGUUAAGCCUCUUUCAAUAUCCGCUGCUCCCAAAGCCAUUGAUUGGGAAUCAAAAUGUGACGAGUCUUUCGAAAGCGGUUCCCAAUUGAGUGCCAACGGUUUGUCUCAAGACAUGGCGUUUCCCGACGUAAUGAAACCACAAGUCGAUGAAGUGAAACGAUAUCUUCACACGUAUUUCGUGAUACUUAAGAAGACGUUUAAGGAUCGUUUGCCUAAAUUGUGUCAAUUAAAGCUCAUAAACGCCACUUCAAAGUUCAUAAGAACCGAACUCCAGAUCAGUAUAAGGAAUGAGUUCUCGACAAUCGAUGAACUCAUUGGUGAAGAUUCCGACAAAGACGAGAGGAUUGAGUUAUUAAAUAAGAAAAAGGAUUGCAUCGAUGCCAUCGCUAUAAUGGAUAAGUACCAUAAGAUGAGAUUU